AUGUCUGCUAUCACUUCCUCCACUGCUCGUAUGGUCCGUGCCACCGCUCCCCUUCGCACCGCAGCCGUCCGCCACUACUCUGCUGCCACUACCGAGUCCACUGUUGCUGCUGCUGCUGCUCCAGCCCUGCACUCGACCAAGAAGCUGGCCAUCGCUUCGGGAGUUGCCUUUGUCGCCGGCGUCGAUGUCACAUAUGCUUACUUUAUCAUUGGACAAAAGAAGGAGGCCACUGCCUAA